AUGUCGCUCAGAUUCUAUCAGACUCCCGGCCCGGAGCGGCCAUGGCGCCCGCCGGUGAUGGACGAGGACUGCCGGCGCUACCGGCGCCGCGCGAAGCGAACAGACAAGUGGAUUCCGCCCCAGCUUGCCUUUGAAGAAGUGAUCAGGAACAACACGGAAUCGCCAUGCUCACUAAACGACUUUGUGGACUAUCUAGUCUACGUCGAGCAGGACGCGGAACCGCUGCAAUUCUUCCUCUGGUACUGCGGCUACGUCCACUCGUGGACGACUCUUGCGCCUGAGCAGCGUGCUCUUGCGCCGCGCUGGGAUCCGGACCGCGGCAGGAAGCUCACUUCCAAGGAGAGGAGGGCAAAGAACUCGAGUAAAGUGAGCAAUAUCCUCGAGAUGCUCGACGAGGAUAGCAGUUUCGUCCAGGCCAAGGCGGGAGGGAACCAUACGCGCGACACAUCUUCGGCAACGAAUUUCUCUCAUCCCAGGGCAACCGUUCUCAAAGAUGGUGAAAAGCAAGAGGAGGAAGGGGCCACAGUUCCACAAGGUAAGAUUGUCAGUCGGAUACUCCAUGGCCCAUCAUGCAUGACCGGAUCUUUAACAAAACUCACUAACACCCUAUUUCCAGCACCAGCAUCAUCACAACCCUUCCGCGCAGACAUCGACGCCAUAACAAAACACUACAUCCACGCUACCGCUCCACGCCGUCUAAACCUCACAAAAGAUGACCGCACCGCCGUCCUCAAAGCAACAUCCUCCACAACGCACCCCUCAGCCCUCCUGCCGGCCUUUGAAAAAGCAGAGGCCCUGCUCCGCGGCAAACUCCACCCAGACUUCAUCCGCCACAGCAUGGCCAACGCCAACCGCGCCGCGACGAACCUCCUCCGUCUCCUCGGGGUCGCACUGCUCUCCCUAGGUCUCGGCCUCGACGUCGCGCUGAUCCUGUCCUCGUUUUCGCGGUACUACCGCCUCCUCUCCACGCCUUUCCUCUUCUCCGGUCUAGCGAUCCUCGUCGCUGCGCUCGAUGGCGUCUCGUUAUCGCUUCACAUUGCGCGCAGACGCCACGUUCGGCCGUGGGAGGUUCCGGAUCUGGAGGCAGGCAGGUGGCACGGCAGCACCGGUGGUGUGAACCAGAAGAAGGAGAGGGUCCCCCACCGCCGCGCAGCGACGAGCGAGAGCGUCGCGGGCGCCGUCGAUCCCCUCCGCAAACCCGCGCUCUCGACGCUCGGCGCGGAGAAUUACCUCUCUUUCCGGGGUGAGGAGUGGGUUUCGGCGUACGAGCGCCGGUGGCUGUGGCGGCGCGUGUUUGAGCGGAGCCGGGCGAGCCGGAACAAGCACCUCCGGAUUCUGCAGGACGGCGUCGUUGCCGGGGCGGUGUUGUGGGCUUCGUUGGCGACGAUUGGGGUUGGUGUUGGAUCGGUUUUUAUACCCUCGUAUCAUUUGUUUUGAAAGGGUUGUGUGGUUGGGAAUUAAUCCCCGGGGGGCGGGUUUGAGGUUUACAGUUUCACUUACACUUAUACCAUGGGUCCAUGACAGUCUUUUCUGGAGUUUGUGUAGAAACACAAUGGUUGACUGGCGAUCCAGGCAUUGGAUAUGCGGAUCUGCGGGCAUCAUAUAAUGAGUAAAUAUCAAGAUUUUAAUACCAGAAUUCUAUGGCAUAUACUCCCAUGUAUCACUAUUACCUACCAUGGUGUCUCAUCCCUUGUAUCUACCUGAAGCAGAAAAAGCAGGAGCAGAAGUGUUGUUGGAUCCAUAUAUAUUGAGCUUCACCAGCCCACUUGAACCUACCCCUUUUCUGUCUACACUUUAAUCACAGUAUGACAGCUAAAGUGAAGAAAAGA